CCGCGGCAGCGCCUCCUCCUCACCUCCGCCCCGCUCCUCCUGCCCCUUCCCAAGGCAGCCCCGGCAUGGCCCCGAAAAAACCCGAGCCUAAGAAGGCCGAGCCUAAGAAAGAAGAACCCAAACCGGCGCCUAAACCGGCAGAACCAGAACCCAAAAAAGAAGUGGAGUUCAACCCUGCUUCGGUCAAAGUCGAGUUCACCCCCGACCAGAUCGAAGAAUUUAAGGAAGCGUUUUCCCUCUUCGACCGGACCCCGAAAUCGGAGAUGAAAAUCACUUACGCCCAGUGUGGGGAUGUCCUGAGAGCUCUGGGGCAGAACCCCACCCAGGCCGAGGUCAUGAAGCUGCUGGGCAGACCCAAACCAGAAGAGAUGAACUCCAAGAUGAUUGACUUCGAGACCUUCCUGCCCAUGCUGCAGCACAUCGCCAAGACCAAGGACACGGGCACCUACGAGGACUUCGUGGAGGGGCUGCGGGUCUUUGACAAGGAGGGCAACGGGACGGUCAUGGGGGCUGAGCUGCGCCACGUCCUGGCUACCCUGGGUGAGAGGCUGACGGAGGAGGAGGUGGAUAAACUCAUGGCUGGGCAGGAAGAUGCCAAUGGUUGCAUCAACUACGAAGCUUUUGUGAAACACAUCAUGGCAAACUGAAUUCCAGG